UUGGGGAGGAGGAGUCUGCGCGGCGCGCGCGCCCAGGCCGCGCCCUCCGGGCGCCUUCCCGGCUGUCAAAACCGCGGCGGGAGCGAGGCGCGGGAUGCGGAGCCCCUUCCUCAGCUUACCCCGCAAGCGAGAGAGGAAAGGGUGAGGUCCGCUUUCGUUACAGGAGUUAGGGCCGGUCUGCGCCGCCCUGUGUGGGGACAGUGGCCGGCCGAGCGGGGGAGGAGAGGACUAGCAAGCUGGACCACCAGCGCCCUGGCCCCGGGUUACACUUGGGCGGGCGGGCUCGUGCCGCACGCGCGUUUGUGUAGCAGGACCGCUCCACCCCGUCUGCGCGGAGACCCCAGCGGCCGUUUAAAGUGGCUUUGCCUUGCACAGAUUGUUAAGGGAUUCCGGGGUUCAGCGGCCCGAGGAUCCGGCUUCCCAGGGGUGCCGCCGGGCUCCUGCUCGGGGUUUUGCGGCGCAGCAGGACUCUCCUGGAGGUGCUUUUCUUUAAGUCUCGUCUUGACAGCCACCACCGCGUCGCCCGUCCAGGCCUCUGGCGCCCUGCGUCUGCACUUCCCGAGCUGGCACUAACUAGACAGCUGCUGACGUCCGAUAGAACUGGUCGGAAGCCCGCGGGGUGCGGGACCCGGCAGCAGGAGGGGUGAUGAGCCGCUGAGGCGGGAGACGAGGUGCAGAGGCGCACCCCCCCCAUGCUGCCCUGCUUCCAGCUGCUGCGCAUCGGGGCCGGCCGGGGAGGUGACCUCUACACCUUCCACCCCCCGGCCAGGUCCGGCUGCACCUAUCGGCUGGGCUGCAGGGCUGACCUGUGCGAUGUGGCCCUGCGGCCGCAGCGGGAGCCCGGCCUCAUCUCUGGGGUCCAUGCGGAGCUGCAUGCUGAGCUGCAAGGGGACGACUGGAGGGUCAGCCUGGAGGACCACAGCAGCCAAGGGACUUUGGUCAAUAAUGUCCGACUCCCAAGAGGCCACAGGCUGGAGCUGAGUGAUGGUGACCUUCUGACCUUUGGCCCUGAAGGGCAAGCAGGAGCCAGCUCCUCAGAAUUCUACUUCAUGUUCCAGCAAGUCCGGGUCAGACCUCAGGACUUCGCUGCCAUUACUGUCCCUCGGUCGAAGGGAGAGGCUGUGACUGGUUUCCAGCCCAUGCUGCCCCCCCAGGGGGCACCCCAGCGGCCGCUCAGCACCCUCUCCUCUGCCCCCAAGGCCACACUGAUCCUCAACUCCAUCGGCAGCCUCAGCAAGCUGCAGCCCCAGCCCCUCACCUUCUCCCGUGGUGGUGGUGGUGGUGGUGGUGGUGGUGGUGGCAGUGGCAGGCCACAGAGCCUGGCUGUUCCCACCCGGCCUGGGGAAGUGGGACCCCCGCCUGCCCCACCCACGAGAAACCGGAGGAAAUCAGCUCAUAGAGUACUGGCGGAGCUGGAUGACGAGAGCGAGGCCUCCCUGGGCCUGUCCGUCCUUAUGGAGCCCAGGAAGAAGCUCCGCGUGGAGAAGGCCGCUGUGACGUCCAGUGGGGAAUGACCACAGGCCCGGAGAACCCUCAUGGCUGAGCUGACAAAGAGAUGGCUUCUUCCUGUCCAAGACAUUACUGCCAGGUGUAACAGCUGGACUGUCCAGCCAUAAGGAACCAGCCCUGUUCCCACACACCCCCUAUCCGCAGUUAGAGUGCUCAUCAGUCACAGAACCCAUCCCCACAAGACCGAAGGGGAUGGCUGAAGUCUUCUUAGUCUGCUGAGGCCAGCAUGCUGGCAAGGGCUGUCACUUGAAUGCCAUCAGCUAAGGCAGCCUGGAGGACUGACUGAGGCCAUGCCUAGCACUGCCACCAACUGAGUGUAUGACUAGCGUUUCAGAGCUCUGCCUUCCUUUCCAAAUAAAGACUAAACUGCUUCUUCUA